AUGGGUUUAGCGUUGAAGCUCAUCUCAAUCCUCAUUUAUGUCCUUUUGACCUUGUCAAGCGGCGUACUUCUCAUAUUCGUAAACAUUAGCGCUAUUAGCACUGACUUGGUGCCGUCUGCGCUCAAGUAUAUCUCAGUAGACACAUCAUCUUUAGGCCAACAGCUCAGCAUCCAAAACGGCGAACUCGACGUAUCAACACUAUACGCAAAUGACUCGGAAGCUGCUCUUGGACAGAGUCUGGGUGUGAGACAGGAGUACUACUUUGGUCAGUACUCUUACUGUGGCACAAUCGAGGAUAGGAGAGAUGGAGUUUGCGAGUUGGCAAGAGACGCAGACUCACAUUUCAUUUCUAGAUUGGAUCCUUACACUUACAUUAUUGAAGACACGCCAGAAAACCUCAAAGAUGCUGUCAGACAACACUUCGAAACAUCACAAUCCACCUUCACGUCUAGCGACUAUCUGAGGGAAUAUAGCGCUGCUGGAUAUUGGCUUAUCUUCUUGUCAGCAAUUUUCACAGGCGUUGCUCUGUUUGCUGGUUUGAUCCCCAUACGCUAUACUAUCUCUUUCGCAGGCGUUUUUUGUUUGCUUGCUUUCUUGACCGUCACAGUCGGCUCUUCAAUCCUCACAGCUGUUAUUGUCAAAAUGAGAGACGUAAAUGGUGACGCUUUGGGUGUGACUGUUCAUUAUGGCGUUUCAUUAUGGCUGGUUUGGAUAACCACAUUUGUUUUAUUAUGUGCUGUGCCAUUUUAUUUCGUAGCUUCUAACUAA